AUGUUCCCCUCAAAUGCCACUGACUUCCACCCCUCCUCUUUUCUUCUGCUGGGAGUACCAGGCCUUGAAGAGAUGCACAUUUGGACUGGAUUUCCUUUCUGUUCUGUAUAUUUGAUUGCCCUUCUCGGGAACAACACUAUCCUGUUUGUGAUCAAGAAUGAGCAAAGCCUUCAUCAGCCCAUGUUUUACUUCUUGGCUAUGUUAGCCUGCAUUGACCUGGGUCUGUCUACAUCCACCAUACCUAAGAUGUUGGGCAUAUUCUGGUUUAAUUUAAGGGAAAUUAGCUUUGGGGGUUGUGUCACCCAGAUGUUCUUCAUUCAUAUAUUCACUGCUAUGGAGACUGUCGUGCUGCUUGCCAUGGCCUUUGACCGCUAUGUUGCCAUCUGCAAUCCUUUGCGGUAUAGUCUGAUUCUCACUAACAGAACUAUUGGUUUCAUCCUCAUUGUGGUGUUUGGUGUUAAUUUCAUUUUGGUCAUCCCUCUGGUGUUUCUCAUCUUGAGGCUUCCCUUCUGUGGAAGCCAUAUAAUCCCCCACACUUACUGUGAGCACAUGGGAAUCGCUCGACUUGCCUGUGCCAACAUAAAGAUCAAUGUUAUCUAUGGGCUCAUGGUGAUUUCUAAUAUUAUUGUAGAUGUGAUUAUGAUUGCCUCCUCCUAUGUACUGAUCCUUCAAGCUGUUUUCCACCUCCCCUGUCAGGAUGCCCGACUGAAGGCUCUCAAUACCUGUGGGUCUCAUGUCUGUGUCAUGCUGUGCUUUUACACACCGGCACUUUUUUCUUUUAUGACACACCGCUUUGGCCAUAAUAUUCCCCACUACAUCCACAUUCUUUUGGCUAAUCUAUAUGUGGUUGUCCCACCUGCCCUUAACCCAGUCAUCUAUGGAGUCAGGACAAAGCAAAUCCGAGAGCGGGUUGUAAAAAUAUUUGCACCAGAUAUAGAGAUAGGUCAAGUCCUCCAUACAUUUUUACAUUCAGUAUCUGUGAACCCAAAUUUUAACAUCCCAUUUCAUUCCUAUGAUCUGUGUCAAGGUAAUACCAUCCUGGACCUGAACAGGAUCCCAUUCCAUCCUUCUUCCUUUCUUCUGAUGGGGAUUCCAGGGCUAGAAGAUGUGCACAUCUGGAUUGGCUUCCCCUUCUUUGCAGUUUAUCUAAUAGCUCUCCUGGGAAACAUUACCAUCCUGUUUGUGAUCCAGACUGAACGCAGCCUCCACCAACCUAUGUUUUACUUCCUGGCCAUGUUGGCCUUCACUGACCUUGGCCUGUCCACAGCCACGAUCCCCAAGAUGCUGGGCAUCUUCUGGUUCAAUCUCAGGGAGAUUGUGUUUGGUGCUUGCAUCACACAGAUGUACACAAUUCACAUAUGCACUGGCCUGGAGUCUGUGGUGCUGACAGUCAUGGCCAUAGACCGAUACAUUGCCAUCUGUAACCCCCUGAGAUAUAGCAUGAUCCUCACCAAUAGGGUAAUAGCUAUCCUUGGCAUAGUCAUCAUAUUUAGGACUUUGGUAUUUGUGACUCCAUUUAUUUUCCUUAUCCUGAGACUGCCUUUCUGUGAACUCCGGAUCAUCCCCCACACCUAUUGUGAACACAUGGGUUUGGCAAAGUUGUCUUGUGCCAGUAUUAGGGUCAAUGUUAUCUAUGGCUUGAUUGCUUUCUCUGUGGGAUACCUUGAUCUUUCUGUGAUUGGAUUUUCAUAUGUCCAAAUCCUCAGAGCAGUCUUCCACCUGCCAUCCUGGGAUGCACGGCUCAAGGCACUCAGCACCUGUGGAUCCCAUGUCUGCGUCAUGUUGGCCUUCUACCUGCCAGCACUCUUCUCCUUCAUGACCCACCGCUUUGGCCACAAUAUCCCUCACUGCAUCCACAUACUUCUGGCCAAUCUAUAUGUGGUUGUCCCUCCUGCCCUUAAUCCUAUCAUCUAUGGGGUCAGGACAAAGCAGAUAAGAGAGCGAGUACUUAGGAUGCUCAACCCCAAAAGCUAUUGA